UUGUACACUGUCGGUUCCUACUUAUUUGACGAUAGCCAAGAGUCAGAGUGGCCCGGCAGAUCGCAGCUGGAGGAUUGGCAGGGGAUCCAGGAAAGGCGGGAGACCCGAACCUCAGUGACAUUUACCCAGCCAGGUGAGGAUCUCUGGAGACCAUGACCAAGAAAAGAAUUGCUGUGAUUGGGGCAGGAGUGAGCGGGCUGUCUUCCAUCAAGUGCUGCCUGGAAGAAGGCUUGGAACCUGUCUGCUUCGAAAGGACUGAUGACAUCGGAGGGCUCUGGAGGUUCCAGGAAAAUCCUGAAGAAGGAAGGGCCAGUAUUUACAAAUCAGUGAUCAUCAAUACUUCUAAGGAGAUGAUGUGCUUCAGCGACUAUCCCAUCCCAGAUCAUUACCCUAACUUCAUGCACAACUCCCAAGUCAUGGAGUAUUUCAGGCUGUAUGCUAAAGAAUUUGACCUUAUAAAGUAUAUUCGAUUUAAGACCAUUGUGUGCAGUGUGAAGAAGCGGCCUGAUUUUUCUACUUCAGGCCAGUGGGAGGUGGUCACUGAGUCUGCAGGGAAAAAGGUGACGGAUGUCUUUGAUGGAGUCAUGGUUUGCACUGGCCAUCACACCAAUGCUCACCUACCCUUAGAAAGCUUCCCUGGAAUUAAGAAGUUCAAAGGACAGUACUUCCACAGUCGAGACUAUAAGAACCCAGAGGGAUUCACUGGAAAGAGAGUCAUCAUCAUUGGCAUUGGGAAUUCUGGAGGGGAUCUGGCUGUGGAGAUAAGCCACACGGCCAAGCAGGUUUUUCUCAGCACCAGGAGAGGGGCCUGGAUCUUGAAUCGUGUAGGGGACCGUGGAUAUCCUUUUGAUGUGGUGUUCUAUUCUCGACUUAAAUAUUUUAUAACCAAGAUAUGUGGUCAAUCAUUAUUAAACACAUAUUUGGAAAAAAGGAUGAACGAAAGAUUUGACCAUGAAAUGUUCGGUCUGAAGCCUAAACACAGAGCUCUGAGUCAGCAUCCAACAGUAAACGAUGACCUGCCAAAUCGUAUAAUUUCUGGCUUGGUGAAAGUGAAAGGAAAUGUGAAGGAAUUCACAGAGACAGCUGCCAUAUUUGAGGAUGGCUCCCGGGAAGAUGACAUUGAUGCUGUUAUCUUUGCCACAGGCUAUACCUUUGCCUUUCCUUUUCUUGAAGAUUCUGUCAGAGUGGUCAAAAACAAGAUAUCCCUGUAUAAAAAGGUCUUCCCACCUAACCUGGAAAAGCCAACUCUUGCAAUCAUAGGCUUGAUUCAGCCCUUGGGAGCCAUUAUGCCCAUUUCAGAGCUCCAAGGACGCUGGGCCACUCAAGUAUUUAAAGGGCUAAAGACACUUCCCUCACAAAGUGAAAUGAUGGCAGAAAUAUCUAAGGCUCAAAAGGAAAUUGAAAAAAGGUAUGUGGAGAGCCAACGCCACACCAUUCAGGGAGAUUAUGUAGACACCAUGGAAGAGCUUGCUGACUUGGUGGGGGUCAGGCCCAAUUUGCUAUCUCUGGCCUUCACUGACCCCAAGUUGGCAUUAUACUUAUUAACGGGACCCAGUACUCCAAUCCAGUAUCGUCUACAGGGCCCUGGAAAGUGGGAUGGGGCUCGAAAAGCUAUCCUCACUACAGAUGAACGUAUCAGGAAGCCUAUGAUGACAAGAACAAUUGAAAGGAGUAAUUCUACCACUUCAACAAUGACAAUGGCCAGGUUUAUGCUGGCUGCUGUUUUCUUUGCUAUAAUCAUGGCUUAUUUUUAGCUGUCACAUUGUCAUUGCCCCAUUUCUCACUGGGAAGCUUGAUCUAGAGAUGCCUUCAGAACCUAACAAGAUUGGAUGAUUCUCACCUUUAUAUUGCCCAGAAAUCUACUUUUAUGUCUCUUUUAAAAGCAUCAAUCCUCUUUCCUCUGUUUCCUACAUUGAAAUCCCAGUUUUUCAUUUAUAUUGAUUCAUCUCCUUCUCAUGAUCCAUCACUUUUUCCUUCUAAUAAUCCCUAGACUGUGAGAUGAGGUAGUCUUUUAGUCAUCUUUCUAUGUCCUUAGCAGAGUUCUUGACAUGUGAUAGGUGCUUCAUAAAUGCUGUUGUUUAUCAAAUACUAUAGUGGGGAGUGUAAGUCAGCAUCUAUAUAAGAAAUUCCUUAUUCCAUGUAACUCUGCUCCUGAUCGGAUUUAGUUUUGUAUUAAAAGCUCAAUUUUGUAUGCUUUUAAUAUUAUAACUAAAUGUAUGUUUCCUGAGAGAUAAGAGAAAUAAUGGUCUUAUAAUAGUUGUACGUAUCUAAGAUAAGACAUAUAGAUACUUCAGACAUUUUGUUUCACUUGGUAUGCCUGAUACCUAGCCAUAUCUACUUCUUUUCCCUAAGCAACAUGUUUUUAUUUUCUCAAUAAAGAAACUACCUUCAAC